CUUGUCAUUUGAAUUUGUUUAGACAUUUAAAUUUACGAUAAAAGUUUUGUUUUGUAGUAUAAAACUGUUAUUAUAAGAAUAUAAGUUUAAAAUAUGCCUGGAAAUAUAUACUCUAUAUGAUAAAACCCUACAACAAAAAUGCAUGCGAAAAAACGUUAUUUUUUUCUAAUUAUAUCGUGUUUGUUUGGAAUAUAUUGCUUUUUCAAUGGUUAUAAUUUGAGUAGCAAAAAUAUUAAAAAAACCCGUAAGGAUCAGUUGCCCGAAUUUGCAACUAUAGAGGAAUUAACUGAAUCACCUUCUAGACAAAAGAGAAAUCCCCAAGCAACUAUAAAAUCAUGCAGAAUGCAAACUUGCUUUGACUUUUCUAAUUGUGGAAGUGAUCCCAAAGUGUAUGUGUAUCCCACUGACGGGCCUGUAAGUGCAACGUAUCGUAAAGUUUUAUCAGUAAUAAGGGAAUCGAGAUAUGCGACACAUGACCCAGCUGAGGCUUGUUUGUUUAUACCAGCGGUUGAUACUUUAGAUGCAGAUCCUUUGUCCCCAGAACAUAUUCAAGAUGUAGCGUCAAGACUCUCACGACUGCCUCAUUGGAAAAACGGUCGUAACCACCUAAUUUUCAAUUUAUAUGCUGGGACUUGGCCUGAUUAUGCAGAGGGAGCUUUAGGUUUUGAUCCAGGUGAUGCUAUUAUGGCUAGAGCUAGCGCAUCUGAAACGAUUUUUAGGGAUGGAUUCGAUAUUUCCUUACCCCUUUUUCAUAAAGAACAUCCUGAGCGUGGAGGUGCUCCACCUGCAGCUACCGGAAAUCCUUUUCCUGCUCCUCGUAAACAUUUACUUGCUUUUAAAGGGAAGCGCUAUGUACACGGAAUUGGUAGUGAAACAAGAAAUUCCUUAUGGCAUUUGCACGAUGGUAACAAUCUUAUAUUAGUGACUACUUGUCGACAUGGAAAAUCUUGGAAAGAUUUGAGAGACGAAAGAUGUGAUGAAGAUAAUAAGGAAUAUGAUAAAUUUGAUUAUGAACAGUUAUUGGCAAAUUCAACAUUUUGCUUAGUAGCAAGGGGAAGACGACUUGGAUCAUACCGUUUUUUGGAAGCAUUAGCAGCGGGAUGUGUUCCAGUGCUACUUAGCAAUGGCUGGCGAUUGCCUUUUGAUGAACGAAUCGAUUGGCGUCGGGCUGUAAUUUGGGCUGAUGAGCGACUUUUAUUGCAAGUUCCAGAGUUAGUACGAUCUGUUUCUCCUGAACGUGUUCUUGCUUUAAGGCAACAGACACAGCUUUUAUGGGAACAAUAUUUUUCAUCAAUUGAGAAGAUAGUGUUUACAACAAUAGAGAUAAUAUUGGAAAGAAUAACAGCUCAUCGGUCAUCAAGGCAGCGUGAAGCGUUGAUCUGGAACGCUUCACCUGGUGCCUUGGGAACGUUGUCCACAUACGGCGACUCGCGAUCGCACCUGCCCGUGGCCGUGUCCGCCCCGCUCGCCCCCGCGGCUCCCUCCCCUCCGCCCAGCCCGCUCCCCGCCCCCUCCGUCCCGCUGUCCGCGCCGCCUCCCACACCAGGUGACGCUUAUACCGCAUUAUUAUACGUACAGGCUACUUCACCCGCUCUACACAAACUUCUUGCAAAUAUAGCAAGCAGUGAGUUCUGCAAAAAGGUCGUUCUUGUAUGGGACAGUGAACGGGCAGCACCAACUCUAAAAUCCCUUUCACGAAUGGCCGGAGACUUACGUGACCCUUUGCCAGUUAUAGUUAUAGACGCAACAACACAUUACCCAGGGGAAGGCGUAUCGGCACGAUGGCAGCCGCUCUGGGCAAUCCCGACGGCCGCGGUGUUCUCCUUAGACGGUGACGCUCCACUACUCGCCGAGGAAUUGGAUUUCGCAUUUCGCGUAUGGCAACAUUUUCCCGAACGAAUCGUCGGCUAUCCCGCCCGCAAUCACUACUGGGACGAAUCGAAGGUGGCGUGGGGCUACAGCAGCAAGUGGGGCGGCUCGUACUCCAUGGUGCUGCCGGGCGCGGCGCUGGUGCACCGCGCGCUGCUGGCGCUGUACGGCGCCGCCGCGCCCGCGCUGCGCCUGUCCGUGCGGCGCGCGCGCAACUGCGAGGACAUCCUGCUCAACUGCCUCGCCGCGCACCUCACGCGCCGCCCGCCGCUCAAGCUGGCGCAGCGCCGCCGCUACAAGCCCGCGCACCACCGCUACCGGUCGUCGUGGAGCGACCCGGAACAUUUCGUCCAGCGCCAAUCGUGUUUGAACACGUUCGCGGCGGCGUGGGGCUACAUGCCGCUCGUGCGCUCCGUGCUGCGACUCGACCCCAUUCUAUUUAAGGAUCCUGUUUCGACUCUGAGGAAAAAAUAUAGAAAAAUGGAAUUAGUAACUUCUUAAAUCCUAUUCGCUUUUUAUUUAUUUUCUAAUUAGAAUGUUUUAAGUUUAAAUUUCGUAUGCAUCUCAUGAAAUAUGCCUUUAAAAAUAUAUUGCAAUAUAUUUUUACUUUGUUCUAGUCCUAGACAUAAUAUAUCUAUAUAGAUAAUUAAUAUGUUUUGUUAAAUCUAAUAACUUUUCUAGUAUGUAUUUCGUUUUACACGACAUUAUUUCAAAUAAAGAACAUUACGAAACACAAA